GAAGUCUGCCCAAUCGGUUGUGUCUGUUAUUCUUAUAUUUUGAGCCAAUCGCUUAUUUAAACCAAACAUAAUUUCUUAAUCCUUUGAUUUUUUUAUAAAUUAAAUUUUUAUAAAAUGAAUGUCUCAGAAGAAUUUCUAAGUGAAGCGGUAAAGCACGUAGCUGAUUAUUUUUCCUUUGAAACUUGGAGUAUGCAAAAGGAAGAGAUGAAAGAAACAAUUGAAAAUUAUUUUGGUAUCCUCAUACCUGUUACUGUGGUGGGAGUCAUAAAAGGUGAAAAAAUAUACAAAUCUGUUUAUAUAAAAUUAGCACCGCAUAAUAUUAAUGAAAAACUAAAAUCAGUCGUCCGAGAUCACUAUAUAGUUGAAGCUUUCACAUACACAACUCUCAUACCGAUGUUUAAGCAAGAAUCGGAUAUUGAUAUUGUUGUACCCGAUUUAUAUUAUGCAAGCUUAGAACCAAAUAAAGAGUUUUUAAUUCUAGAAAAUAUGUCGUGCAAUGAAUAUAGAAGAUAUGGGAACAAAUUUCUCGAUUCGGAUCAUAUUUACAUAGCGCUGAAAGCAUUAGCACGUUUUCACUCAAUGUCUACUGUUUUGACUAUAAAAGGAAAAGAUCCUGCUCACCAUUUAAUGCAUCCAUACUCAUGCGCCUAUCCACCAGGUUAUUAUGAGUUUAUUCAGCUGUCCAUGAAAAAUCACCUACAUCUUUUCGAGAGCACCCCCUAUUGGGAAUAUUUAAAGUCUCUUGUGACCAACCUGUCAUCGAAUGUUGAUGACGCGUCAUCAAAAAUCAAACAUAUCGUUUAUGGCCAUGGUGAUUAUUGGAGAGAAAAUUUGUUGUUCAAAUAUGAAAAUAAUAAACCGAAUGAAAUUUGUCUACUGGAUUUUCAAAAAUGUAGGAAAACGUCUCCCGCCUAUGACUUUCUUAUAUUACUUCUGACAAAUUUAAAUUCUAAAGAUCGACUCCAAAACUUCCAAAACUUUUUGGAGACCUACGUAUCUACAUUUCGCUUAUGCGUUGAUAAGCAUACUUUAAAAGUAGAUUAUACAUUAGAUGACUUUAAUGAAGAUAUUAAAAUUGUUGCUCCUAUGUGUUUAGCUACUGCCACUAUGAGUUUUUCACUGUGGUUAGGUCUAGAAAACGAUAAUUUUCAAAGCAAAUACGUUUGUGAUGACGAUUCAAGAUUGAUAACUUUGAAAUCCUUUAAAAAUAUAGUUUGUGACAUGUUAAAGGAUCUAAUAAAUCUUAAGUACAUUAAAAUGUAAGACAAUAUUUUUUCAAGAACAACAUUCAAUUAGUAAUAAAUAGAAAUCUAUGUAAGAUCUUUCUUGUUGGUAAUAGACCAUAAAGUGCGUAUUACAUUAUCUUCCCUUUCUUGACAUCUAUCACUUUGCUUGAAAUGUGCUUUAAAUAAUAAUAAAAGAGUGGAAAGUUAAUAUUCAUUAGAUGACAGAAAUGUAAUGGUUAGAAUAUGGGAGAACCACAGACAACAAAUAUAUCGAAAUUUACUAUUGAAAACCGUUUCUUGCUCUACUGAUAAAUACUAAUAAAGCACAUAUUUUUAAUUUAUUGGAGACACAUUAUAACAAAAAGCUUUCUAUAAAAUGUCUAUGAACUUAAACGAGUCUU